ACAUACACCCAUUACCAGCGUGUAUAAGCGGCAGUAGCUUGUGUUAAGAAGGGAUAAACAGAGAAGGCGAUGGAAAGCGCCACACCGAAAGGAAAGGGAUCACAGUCGUUGGAUUCAAAUCCAAUGCCUGGGGCUUCAAAGUACUUAGCCAAUCUCCCAUCUCGCGGCCUCUUCUCUUCCACCGUACUAUCCUCCAAUCCGGUAAAAGAGGAAGAUUCAGCUAUGAUGGGCAGUCCUAUCGGAGGAAUGCGAGUAUAUAUUUGCGAUCAUGAUACAUCACCCCCAGAGGAGCAGUUAAUAAAGACGAACCAAACAAACAUAUUAAUUAGAUCUCUCACACUAAAGAAACAGAAGACUGAUUGCAGUCCGAAGGAUGUAAAGGCUAAAUACACAGCAGAGGGCACAAAAGGCAAGAGAUCUGCUGAAAGAACUGCAGAUGGAAGGGUUUCUGCUAAAAGAGCCAACAUGACCAAUGCUUCUGGUCUUCCUCGAGAGGGAUCGAGCAUCAGCCCAUCUGAGUUCCAAUGUCUGACUGUUGAAAGGCUACGUUCUCUCCUAAAGGAGCGAGGUCUGCCGACAAAAGGAAAGAAGGAUGAACUGAUCACACGCUUGAAAGAUGAUCGUGAGUUGUUGAUACGCUCAAGAAAUGAUCGGGAGGAUGGUGAAGAUGACCACAACACCUAACCACUUGAUGUUUCUUGUGUGUAUGUCCAUGCCCCUCCUUUUGAUCUAAUUUAGGAAAUGAAGAAAACUGAUAGCGUAAUUUAAGUUGGAAAAUCAGUGUUAGGUAACUGUUUGUGGACACUUGACUUACCAUGCAGAUGUAUUUUUUUGUGUUUGUAUGUAUGGCAUAUUUGUAAUGGAAGAGGCAUCGUUGUCA